AUGGCGACAAUGAGAGAUGUCGGAAAAGGUCUAAUAGAUCCUAGGUAUUGUUGUUGUGCUGUACCACUGGUGAAUGCUGGUAUAUACAUCAUAUUAUCGGAGCAGGCUAUCAUAGCUCUAGCCAUUGGUAUAAUAGUGUUUGCUACACCUGAUGUCGUCGGAGCAUCUUUCCCAGAUAUAGGAGGGAUAAUUUUCGCAAUCAUAUGUUUCGUCAUUGCUGCUGUACAGCCCGUAGGGUUCAUUGGUGUUCUCAGAGAAAAAACCUCAACGUUCAAAGUAUACACACUCCUAAACGCUAUCGCUAUAUUAGCUGGUCUGAUAUGCGCAGCUGCUUUGAUCAUUGUUAGUGCUAUACAGCAUAAUACAGCGGUGUCAGCUUGUGAGGCCAAAUUCUUCUCCGACUCCAAUUCAACCUCCUCAUCGGCGAAUCAAACGCUCGCUGCCGAAGGUGAAGCAUUGUGUAGCGCGUUCGCAUGGGCAGAUGUAGGUAUCAUGGGAGCAUUAUGGGUGAUCUUGUUACUCGUACAGGGAUACUUCAUCUACCUUACUCGAACAUAUUCAACUUCCCAAGUCAGCGAUCACAAGCUUUACCAUUCGGUAUACUCUGAGAAUCCAGAAGCAUUCACCAUGUCCAUCCUUCGAUCAACGCGAUAUAACCCUGGAUCAGUAUACAACAACAUGCCACCUUCCACUGGUCCCAAUGCCGAUGCGUGGGAUGCAAGACCGUCGAUGGAUUCAGUGAGGGAUGAACAAGCUGGAGCUGGAGGAUAUGGGUAUGGACACCAGAGGGAAUACUCAGAUGCGACUGUCAGACCAGUCGACGAAGGACGGUAUGACGAUGCUGCGUAUGGGAAUGAACAGUACGAUUAUCAAGAUUACAAUCACGACAACCAUCAUGGUCAAAGACCGAUGUCAGGAGGUCAAGAUCAAUAUCCCUUUUCUGCACCUGGAGGAGGAUACGUCGAUCAUCCGGCUGAAGCAAUGCACAAUAGAGAAGGUAUAACGCCGACGAUGAAUCAGUAUUCUGAAGGUCAAAAUGUAGGUUAUCCCAGUGCGGGCGGAGCGACUGGAGGUUUAAGAAGACCGGAGGAGAUUCAAUCACAUCCAGGUGGGCAUUGA